UUAAAAUAGAAACUUUCCCUCUCUAUAUAUACGUUUCUCCAGCCUCUCGCAUUUCCACACCACUGAAAGAAAAGUUCAAUUUUGUUGAGAGAAAAGCACAGAAGAUGAUGGACUUGGGGACAUUUGGUAAUCCCACUCCCAUGGCGAGGAAGAUUGUUUCGGGAUAUGACGUGCCGGAAGGAGUGGACAUCAGGGGACAUUAUGAUGAAGAGUUUGCGAAGAUCCUGACAAAGGAUGCUUUGCAGUUUGUUGCGGAUUUGCAGCGUGAGUUCCGAAGCCAUAUCAAAUAUGCAUUGGAAUGUCGGAGGGAAGCUAAGAGGAGGUACAAUGAGGGGGCGAUGCCGGGGUUUGAUCCUGCCACAAGGAACAUAAGGGAAGGAGAGUGGAAGUGUGCUGCAGUCCCACCAUCUGUUGCUGAUAGGAGGGUGGAGAUUACAGGACCCGUGGAGAGGAAAAUGAUCAUCAAUGCACUCAACUCUGGUGCAAAAGUCUUCAUGGCCGAUUUUGAAGAUGCACUGUCACCAAGUUGGGAGAACCUCAUGAGAGGGCAGGUAAACUUGAAGGAUGCUGUGGAUGGGAGUAUAACCUUUCAUGACAAGGCCAGAAACAGGGUUUACAAGCUGAAUGAUCAGAUAGCCAAGCUCUUUGUCCGCCCGCGAGGCUGGCACUUGCCCGAGGCACACAUCUUUAUUGAUGGUGAACCUGCUACCGGUUGCCUUGUGGACUUUGGCCUCUACUUUUACCACAAUCAUGCAGCAUUCCGCCGCAACCAAGGUGCUGGGUUUGGGCCAUUCUUCUAUCUUCCUAAGAUGGAGAAUUCAAGGGAAGCGAAAAUAUGGAACAGCGUGUUUGAGAGGGCAGAGAAAAUGGCAAGGAUAGAAGGAGGGAGCAUCAGGGCCACCGUUCUAAUCGAAACACUUCCAGCAGUCUUUCAAAUGGAUGAAAUUCUGUAUGAGCUAAGGGAUCACUCUGUCGGUUUGAACUGUGGAAGAUGGGAUUACAUCUUCAGCUAUGUCAAGACCUUCCAGGCACAUCCGGAUCGCCUGCUACCAGACAGGGUUCAGGUUGGCAUGACUCAACACUUCAUGCGGAGCUAUUCUGAUCUCCUCAUCAGGACGUGCCAUAUGCGUGGUGUCCAUGCCAUGGGUGGCAUGGCAGCACAAAUUCCUAUUAGGGAUGAUCCAGCAGCAAAUGAGGCAGCAUUGGAUCUGGUGAAAAAGGACAAGCUAAGAGAAGUGAAGGCAGGGCACGAUGGAACCUGGGCAGCCCACCCUGGACUGAUCCCAGCUUGCAUGGAAGUCUUUACCAACAACAUGGGCCAUGCCCCUAACCAGAUCCAAACCAUGAAGCGCGAAGACUCGGCCACCCUAACUGAAGAAGACCUCUUGCAAAGGCCUAGAGGAGUGCGCACCAUGGAUGGUCUUCGGCUCAAUACUCGAGUUGGGAUACAGUAUUUGGCAGCAUGGCUCACUGGAUCAGGGUCAGUGCCGCUUUACAACCUCAUGGAAGAUGCUGCAACUGCUGAGAUUAGCAGGGUUCAGAACUGGCAGUGGCUGAAAUAUGAAGUGGAAUUGAAUGGAGAUGGACUUGGGGUGAAAGUGACAAAGGAGCUCUUUGGAAGGGUGGUGGAAGAAGAGAUGGCUAGGAUUGAGAGUGAGGUCGGCAAAGAGAAGUUUAAGAAAGGAAUGUACAAGGAGGCUUGCAAGAUUUUCACCCGGCAAUGCACUGCCCCAAUACUGGAUGAUUUUCUGACUCUAGACGCUUAUAAUCAUAUUGUCAUAUAUCAUCCCAAAGGAUCAUCCAGUCUCUGAACCAGUCCAGUGUCUUCUUCCGUUGCUGAGUUGGUGUUUGUCUUGAAGCGUCACUACUGUUUCUGCUGAAUAAUAAUUCCUUGUUAUUUC